GCGGAAUCCCUGUUCUGGUGGCCCUCCUUGGACUCUAGCUGCGGCUUGUCGCCGCUCCAGGCCCCAGGGGCUGAGGAAGGGGCAGCGAGGAGAAGGGAUAGGCCGGGUACCGCCGUGUAGCCCAGAGGCUUCUCGAAGUCAAGUGCCCGUCGGGACUGGGCGAGACCGGGAGAAAAGGGGAGGGCACUCGCCCCCGCCCGGCGCCGCUGGAGGGGCCGCCGCGGCCCUGGGGCGGCGCUCCCUAGUUCCGGGGAAGGGCCCGCGCUGCGCCCAGGGCGGGCCCUGCGGUCCGGGUACGAGCUAGCGUUGGCCUGAAGGCUCCGGCGCUCGGCUGGGCCGUGCUGGCGUGCGAGUCCGAGUCCUUCGGUGGCUCGCAUGAGGAAGGAGGCAGACGCAGCAGGCUGUCAUCACUGCAGUUUCUGACUGGAACUGUCAAGCAGCAGCUGCCCGUUGAUCCAAAGCCAGUAAAUAUUUGCAGCCGAAAUCCUUCAGUUUGGAUUCUGAACUAUGACAUCAUGGCAAGAUUUCGCAGAAGAACAUGCAUCAUUUUGUUGCUGUUUAUUUUGUUUAUUUGCUCUAUAAUGAUGGCUUUGAAGACUCUGCGACCUGACAGGGCUGGUUUUGGGGAUCCAUUUGGACUUGGUUUGUUGCCUGAGCUUCAGCAACGGACAGUGCUCUUGGACGAUAAACAGAAUUCAUUAAAUAGGGUUCAAGGAGAUACUGUAACACGUGUCAGUAAUUUCCACAGUGUAGCAGUCAAUACUAUGAAAGCAUCUAUGCCUGCUGUAAACAAGUUGGAAGAAGAGCUGUCUUCUCCUAAUUAUAACUUUCACAUAUUCUACUAUACUUGGUUUGGGAAUCCACAGUUUGAUGGUAAAUAUAUUCAUUGGAACCACCCAUUGUUGCCACACUGGGAUCCCAAAAUUGCAAACAAUUAUCCAAAGGGAAGGCAUAAUCCUCCUGAGGACAUUGGGGCCAACUUUUAUCCUGAACUUGGAUCUUACAGUUCCAAAGACCCUUCUGUCAUAGAAGCCCACAUGAAACAAAUGCGUUCAGCUUCAACUGGUGUAAUAGUGCUUUCAUGGUACCCACCAGGUAUGGCUGAUGAAAAUGGAGAACCAACUGAUGACUUAGUGCCUGUUAUUUUGGAUUAUGCACACAAAUAUAGUCUAAAGGUCACUUUUCAUAUUGAACCUUACAAAGACCGAGACGAUCGCAGUAUGUACCACAAUGUCAAGUACAUCAUUGACAAAUACGGAGGCCAUCCAGCUUUUUACAGGUUUAAGACCAGCACAGGCAGAUUUUUUCCCAUGUUUUAUAUUUAUGAUUCCUACGUGACAAUUCCUGAAAUUUGGGCAAAUCUGUUAACUGUUUCUGGAUCCCAGACUAUUCGAAACACUCCAUAUGAUGCAUUAUUCGUUGCACUCCUUGUAGAAGAAAGACAUAAGCAUGACAUUCACAGGAGCGGUUUUGAUGGAAUGUACACGUACUUUGCCACCAACGGCUUCUCCUACGGCUCCUCUCAUCAUAACUGGGCAAGUUUAAAAGCCUUUUGUGAUAGUAACAACUUAAUGUUCAUUCCAAGCGUGGGGCCGGGCUAUAUCGACACCAGUAUCCGGCCAUGGAACAACCACAACACCCGGAACCGUGUCAAUGGCAAGUACUAUGAGACUGCCUUCAGCGCAGCCCUGCUGGUACGGCCCGAAAUCAUUUCCAUCACAUCUUUUAAUGAAUGGCAUGAGGGAACUCAGAUUGAAAAAGCUGUCCCUAAGCAGGCUGGACAGGUGGUUUACCUUGAUUAUAAGCCUCAUAAACCAAAUGUGUACUUACAGCUUACUCAGAAGUGGUCUGAGAAGUACAGAAAAGAACAAGAACAGUGGCUUAUGUGAGCUGUUGCUGCUGGAGAUUUUUCCUAAUGCGCCGAAUACACAGAAUGAAAUGGAGAGCUGGAAAACAUAUUCAUCACAGAUAUGUUCAAAUUAUUAUGUCUUGAAUGUAUAUGCACAACUACUGAAUUUGAAUUUUGAAGAGUAAAACAUGGUGAGAAUAUUGGUAUUUCUGUCUUACUCCAUAUUGUAGUUCAAGAAUAUUCAGGGAAAAUGCUGGGGUUUUGUUUCAGACUUCAUAAUGUGCAUGCUGAACUUCCAGGACAUCUGCAUGGAAUUAACUACAUGACCAAAGCAGCACAAAUGUUUGGCUUACUUAUUCUUAUUUAUUCCUGUAGUUGUGCUUCUAAUCAAAGUGAUGCUAUAACCUAAAUUUUAGUCCUAAUAGCUUCUUGCAGGAUGCAUGUAUGUAGUGUGUCGAAUAAUUACAUCUACUGUUACUAAUGCUUUACACACAGGGAGUUCUUGACUGACACAUGACUAGACUGUGGUAAUAAAUAUUGAAGAGUUAGGAAUGUGGGUUUUGGUUUAAAAGGAAAAAAAAGUUGAGUUCUAAAGAACUGCUAAAAGAUUUCUAGUUCAUUUCCAUUUGUUUUAUUUGAUACUUGGUGCAGAGCUCUGCAGGUUAUGAGAUACUGACCAUAUUAUUUUCAACUUAAAAAAAAAAAGAAACUGAGGGAAAAUAUUUUUGUGAGGGGUGACAAAAUUCCUAGACCAUGCCAAAAAUAUACUAAGACUUCAGUUGUUAUGUGUUGUCUGCUAACUGACUGCAAACACUGCUACAGUUUUAAAGUGCAGAAUUAUAAAGCUAAUAUAUUACUAGUCCUAGGUGUCAUUUUAGGAAAUGGCUUUCCUGUUUGUUGGGUUUGGGGUUUUUUUUUGCAUUUUCAUACAACUUCAUAGAAAAAGCCUGAAUUUUCAAUAGCGGUGUGGGUCGUUGGUUGGUUUUUGGUUGUUUUUUUUUUUUUUUCCAGAAGUAUUUAAUCUGUAGCAAGUGGCUUUUUAAAAAAACAUAUUUAUUUUUAUAUAUGGUGCUGGUCCUGUGUUUUAGUUCAUAUGCUGGAACCCUUGUGACCACUAGAAUUUCACUGAUUUCAACAAGACCCAUGGAAUUUGGACUCUGCUUGCUUUUCACAGUGCUAUGUCCAUGAAGUUGUAAGGUGAAUGUGAGGACUUCCAGUUAAGAAAGAACAAAAGCCAAAACAGUAUGUUUUUUUCCCAAAACCAUUGUCAUUCCAAGUAACCAUAAGCCAGUUACUGCUAGUGUUUUCUAGAGUCUUUCUGGUAUGAAAACGGUUUGUUUAUGUAUCUUUGACUUAUUUCCAGUUUAAUUCCUUGUAAUUUCUCUGCAAUGGUUAGAGGAGGUGUCACAAAAUGGUACUCCUCUGCUUGAAAAAAACAGAGAGUUAUUUUGGCAGAUAUGUAACCUGGUGUGCUGAAGGGCACCUCUACAGUUUUUGCAGUUUUCUGCUGCAUUUCUGCCAACUCCAAAGUGCUUCUGAAAGAAAUGUUUACUAAUAUUUAUUUUGGUUUACUUACACUCAGGUGGAUAAACUGAGGUAAGUAGAGGUAGGACCACAGUCACAAAAUAGUGUCUGAGACAUACGAAGCACUUGCUGGACUUUGAAACCUUCACCUCCUUCAUUGGAGAAACUGACUUACAUGCUUUUACUGUGAAUCCCUUCAAUAGCUAUGUGUACUUGGUUUUCAUAAGUUGUUGUAUGUUUUUUUCUUUUACAGCCUAAAGAGCUCAUAUGUUUAUUUUAAAUGUGAGAGAAUGAUUUUUUUUUCAUAUCAAUAUUGCAUAUAAUAUUAAAAAAAAAAUCUGCAGUCAGACCUUACGAAAGGUCUCCGUUUUAGCUUCAAUUUUUGUCAUCCGCUGGUCUUUUCUCACUGUGAUUGAGCAUUUCACUGAUCUUGACAACCUUGCACUCAUCAUUCAGCUUCUUACUUUUCCCAGUGGCAGUUUUGCUUACCCCACAACUUUUAUUCUGUGAACAGCUGUAUUCAUUGUGGAAUAUUGUACAACUGAGAUGAUGUGUCUUGUUUAAAACACGUGUGGUAACAGUGUAAUGGAUCUUCAUUACCCUGAAAGACUUCUGUAAGGGCAAUGAAGGCAUCAUUUAGCCCUUGCCAUGAACUGGCAUGGGCUGUAACACACUGAUGUCCAUUGGGGUCUGCUGAAGAAUUUACACAAUUUCUGUAGGAAAUAAUGAAAAUGGAAGUGCCUAGAAAUUCAUUGCCCCAUAGCAUUGUAUUUUAAGCAUUAUCUAUACAAUACUGUCCAUCUGUGCUUGAUGUGUUUUAAGAUAAAAAUGUGUUAGCCAAUAAAAUACUUGAAAGUUCAGAAUUUAAUUUGAUCCAUAAAGAGAGCUGGUGGAGUAGCAGCUACUAGAACUGCACCACCUGCCUGCCCAAUACUUUCUCUGUACUUGAAGCAAAUGUUAGUGCUACAUCUUCUUAUAGGGGGUGGAGAAUUUUGCUGGUGGGCCGCUGCUGCUGAAGUUGUGAUACAGUUUUUUUUUUUUUUUAUUUGAAUAAAAAUAGGUCUAUAGGAAGGGUUUAUACUAUGCAAAGAAAGAGAUUGUUGGAAAUGCAAAGUUAUUUGGCUCAGAGUGGGACAGUGAAUGUAUUUAUAAGGUGAUUGCUCCAAGCUAUACAGUUAGAGUGAGGGGAAGGGAAAAAGACUCCCAUGUGCAACCAAAAUUGUGAGGGAGAGAAUAAUAUUUAUUAUGCAUUUCAGAUCUGAAAUGGAAUUUAAGAAAUAUUUAGGUCUUACUUCACUUUGGCUUCACACCCUUAUUAUUUCUAGACUGAAUGGGGAAAAACUAGUAAUUAUUGCUUUGAAUGUUUUCACACUGAUAAUUGCAUUUGAUUCAUCUUGCAAUAGUAUGUUUUAGUAGAGUGAUAGAUUCUAUAGGUUCAGCAAGGAACACUGUGGGAAGUUUCAACAGAGAUCAUGCCGUGCAAUGCCUCUGCAAACAGAUGCACCUGAAGUUAUCAAUCACAUGCUACUGACUGAGUAUUCCCAGAGGGAAAAUGUUUUUUCGAGACAAAGUCUUUGUGUCGAAUGAGAACUUUUUAAAGGAAGUGUAGACAUUCAUGUCUGUUUCUGUCAGUAUGGAACAAGUAAAUUGUAUUAGUUCUGUGAGCUGUCUUAGAACUGAAGCUUAAUACAUCUCUGAAGUAAGAGUUGGUGUUAAAUCCUGUACGGUAGUGCACAUCCCCUAGAUCUAUCCAUUUGCACUGCGUUUUGAGGAAAAGAACACAUGCAUGUGCCGUAACUAUUGCAGUGGCAAGCUGAGCUUACUUUGAAUGUAGUUUCUGCGCUGGUGUUUGUCAUUUGUCCAGUGCCUUUCUUUUGAGGUGCCAGUAAAUUGCCGCUUAAGAGGCUGUUGAAGCAGAAGGGUCUUUAGUGAACUCAUUUUCUAAUGAAACUUGGUACAUACACACUCUCCAUAAUUUGAGUCAGCAUGACUUUCAUGUGGCUCUUGAGUUCCCUUGCAAAUACAGGAGUGCUUUCAGCAUUGUGUUGGUAGUAGGAUAAUGUAUCUCUGGGCACAUGGAAAAGGACACACUGUAAUUUAGGGAAUCUUUUGGUGAAUUUUGUGUACCUGAAAAAGUGGAAAUAAAGUAUUGACAGACAAAUUAUUUACUACUUAAUGUAGGCUGAAAAAUCUCCCAGUCUUACAAUAGUGUCAAUAUUUCAUUUUUUAAGCUUUUUAUCCUAUUUGACUAGCAUGUUAAAUGUUGCACAAACUUCUAAAGUGUUUGUAUUUCUAAGACUCUGUAGUUGUAAUAUUCAGUAAAGACGAUCUACAAGAUUAUUGGCACUGCAGAAAAGCCCCAUACGUAUUUGAUACUGUAAAGUUAAAAUUUUGUUGUGCUACCUGGCUGUAGCAGAGAUGCAUUUGCUUACAUGCCUAUAUAAAAACCAAGUGUGUGUAUGUGUCUGUUUAAGUCUAUGUACCAUAUAUGUACAUAUAACUGAAGUAAUUUUUAAAGUAUCACUAUAUUAAAAUUACAGCUGGGAUUCUGCUACUUUUAAGCAAGCAAUAUUUUUAACUUCCUACAAUGUUUACAAAGAAAUGUAGUAUGUAUGUAGGAAUACUUUCAUGAACAAUAAAUACAGGCCUCAAAAGUGUGAUUUAAA